AUGGAUGACUCAUUUUGUGUAAACGAUUUGGAGCUGACUUUACUAUUGUGGAGACUUUAUGCACCAAAAUUUGACAAUCGAACUUUUAUUCGAGAUGAAGAGCUGAAAGCUGUGAAAAGUCUGGAAGAGAACAUCAACUACCACGAGAAUUGGCGAAUCGACGAGCAAACUUGUAAAGAGGAAUUGUCAAAAAUCAUUCACAAUGAAAAGAUUCUCUCCUUUCUGAAAAGUUGCCAAGAUGAGAAGUCUCCGAAAAAGAUCAAAUUGAAGGAUCUUCAACUAGCCUUUUCGCAAGAAGCUUUUGAAAAAUUCUCAAAAAGACGCCCAAAUGGAGAAAAAACGAGUCACUUACCAUUCUCAAAGUUAUCAAUCCGAUGUGCGGCUGAAAGAGAACGAUGCUGGAUUGAUGAGACUUUUGGAAUCGAUAUCGAAUCGAUUCCAUUUCCGAAAAACAAGAGAAUUGAUAAAGAUGUGAGUCGAGAACUCGAGCUUCUUUGUGGAAUCCUCUCAGCUGCACUCGAUCAACGAGAUGUUUGGUCGGCUUGUCGUUUACUUCAAACGAUUGCCCCAAAAUCUUUGCCGAAGCUAAGAAAACUGGCUACUGAAAAGAAGAUGAACAUUAUUCAGACUCUUUUCUCAUGCACAUCAAAUGCUGAAGUGGAAGGCUCAAGUUGUGAGGAUUUCUCGAGCGAUGAUGCCGCAAUCUUGCAAGCGUUGGAUCGAACCGUUGAUCAAAUCCAAGAACAUGCUCACUCAGCAACAACUUCAAAAUAUGCUGUUUCACAAGCUAUUCAUUGUGCCUCUCAAUUCGCUCAAAGAUUGGAUGAUUUCCGUAACAGUUCCGGGAGGAUCAAGGCUGCUGCUAGAGCACUCAAUAGUCAAUUAACGAUUGUUGAGAAGUUGCAUGAGAAUUUGAAAGAUCAAGUCAACAAUGGGUAUCAGGAACCAUCCAAGUACAUCACUUCCGUUCAUACGCUUGUCCGGAGUCUCUUUGACAGAAUUUAUGCUUCAGAAGCUAUAGAAAUUUUCCAAGACACUAUGACACCCGCAUUCAAGACCCCUGGAAGCUCCUCAAAGAAAACUCCUCAAGCCAAACAGACUCAAAAAUCUGCAACAACUUCUGAAGUUGUAAAAGAAUCUGAACAGGAAAAAACUCCCACAUCUCGACACACUCUUGGAUUAUUUUUGAACAAUUCAACACCUACUCCAAUUCGAACUACAGUUGAAGCUUUAAUGGAUCCGUUACUCGAUAUUGAAGACGAUGAGUCAGAAAGUGAAGGAAAUAAAACGAUAGAAGAGGAUAAUGAAAAAAUUAAGAAGAAAGAAUUCAAGAGAUUGAACAAGCGAAAAUCUUUAAACGAGACACCAGAAGCGCGGCCAGCAAAAGCGAUUCGAAGACGAGAGAAUGAAAAAACAACGAAGAAAGCUUUACCAACAAAUCAACGAACUUUGUUAUCAUUCUUCAUGAUACUUUUAUCAAUUUCACUUUUUAUUCCAAUAUGUCCACAGAUUUUAUUACCCUAUGGAGGGUUACCAGUGUUGCAGAUGAAGAAUUUGCUUCUAUUAUCGUAUUACUUGCCAACAUCACAAUCAACCGGAGCUUUAGUCAUCUUUUUGAAGAAACUCGAUGAUCAAAUCCGACAAGCUUCAAAAAAGUCCACUGAUUACGUGGUGCAAGGAAGCGAGGAUGCGCUUCGACACGUCGCAGCUGGGAGUGGAUAUUUUGAUAAUCCGCACAAAGUUCGAAAACAUCCAAUCGUUUUCACCGGCAUAGCGGCAAUCGCAAAUAAAACGAUUCAUCAAGAGGCGAACAAUGCUCUAAGAAAAAUAAACAGUGCCACAAAUGACGCACUCGCUAGAAUAAACUAUGGGAAGAAUAUGGCGAUUCGAACUCUGCAAGACACCAUUUCUCCAUACGAUGUUCACCAUAAAAUGAAUGUUGUUGUCGGAAGAUUACAGCGUGACAUUGAGAAAUGCGGUGAUCACCUCUUAGACGCUCUCAAGCACUUCGCAAUCACUAUCGACGAGUUGAUCAUGAAAUUUGAUGAAACCGGAGCUUUG